AUGGCGCUGUACCGACGCCCUUCGCUGGUUGCGACGACUGAGGAGGAGAAGCUGAUUUUCGCCCCCGCCGGCCACAACCCCCACGGCCAGGCCGCCCAAUUCACCCUCUCGCAGCUGCACCUGCACGACCUCAACCCCACGUCGCCCAUCCCCCAGUUCCACGCCUGGUUCUCGCUCGCGCAGCGCACGCCGUCCAUCUCGCAGCCCGAGGCCUGCACGCUGUCCACGGCGUCGCUGCCGUCGGGCCGCGUGUCGUCGCGCGUCGUCUACCUCAAGGAGCUCGACGCCCACGGCUUCGUCAUGUACACCAACCUGGGCACGUCGCGCAAGGCCCGCGACCUGGCGACUAACCCGCACGCCAGCCUCGUCUUCUACUGGCCGCCGCUGCAGCGCCAGGUCCGCGUCGAGGGCAUCACCGAGACCAACUCGCGCGAGGAGAGCCAGAUGUACUUUGACACGCGCGUGCGGGGCAGCAGGAUCGGCGCGUGGGCGAGCAAGCAGUCCAUGGUGCUGAAGCCAAAGGCGAACAAGGUAAACGGCCGUCUUGGAAAGACGAGCGAGGCCGAGGCCGAAUCAGCAGUAGCUGCCUCAGACGGCGAGGAAGAGACGGAAGACGACGGAAGAGCCGAGCUGGAGGGCUGGGUCAAGGACGUCGAGGAGCGCUUCAAGGACCAGGACAAGAUCCCCGUGCCCGACUUCUGGGGCGGACUCCGUCUUGUGCCGCAGCGAGUCGAGUUCUGGCAGGGCCGAGAGAGUAGACUGCACGAUCGCUUCGUGUACGAGUGGGAGGAGGCCAAGGAUGGCAAAGAGGGACGCUGGCGACUGGAGAGGUUGAGUCCCUGAUUCUGACAUGGCCAUGUAUGUGUGUGUGUGUUUUUUUUUUUUAUAUCUUGGUGAAAAAGGGGGUUGCGAUCCCUGAUACAUAUAGCAAUGAGUGAUACCUAUAUACAUGUAUCAUUAGAAAAUACAACGACAUUUCACAGG